UUCUUAUUGAUAAAAUAAAAAAUGUGAAAUGUUUGUGUUGCUUAUUUUUGCGUUCGUACUUACUCAAAUGAUUUUUUUGUUCUUCAAGUUAAAUGCUCGAUUUUGUGAAAACAGAAUAUGCCAAAUUUUAAAAUACUCGUAGGAUUUUUGUUACUUUUAUUCAAUAUACAUAAUUAUUCAACUGUAAGGCUGGGAGUAGAUUUUAAAACACAUCACAUUGUGCCAGAGAUCAUUGAAAAUGCACCUCAGCGUCGUGUUUAUGUCAGUUACGAUAAUAAUAGGACUGUUAUAAAAACUGGUUGCUCAUACGACCGCCAACAUCUAACCCAAGAACCUUUAAUACUUUGGCAGUGUCGCGAAGGUUCAACGUACACAAUAAUUAUGACAUGUUUAGAUGAUACCUUAGCUAAUCUAACAAAUAGAGAGAAACAAGUACAUUGGUGGUUAGUGACAAAUAUACAGAAUUGUUCAGUCAGUAGCGGAGAAUCCAUCUUUCCAUAUCAAUUGGUGAAUCGACUUCCUAUGGGAGCUUUUCAACGAAUCGUGAUUUUAGCUUUCACUCAAAUGAAACCCAUCUAUAAUCAUGAUUUUCCAAAAGUCACUGGAACUGACGAAGACAGUCGAGAGUCCUUUACAAUUAAAGAGUUUGUAAAUGCUCAUACUUUGGGAAAUGCCUUGGCUGGUAAUUACUUUAGAUUGGGAUAUUGAGACGUCCAUUCCAAAUAAAACACCGAGUACCUAAUUACCUAUGCUAAUAUGUAUAACAAAAUACGCUGAUAUUAAAAGAAUGUAUUUUUAAAAGCAUAAAAUAAGUAAACUUUAUACUUUUUUACACUUGUUUGAAUGGUCUAUUCUUCAUUUUUUUUUUCAAAUUAGUGUUUGAUGUCAUGUUGAACAAUUUACUUUUGACUUGACAGCCAAAAAAAGUUGAGAAAUCGAUAUCAAAUAUAAUACAAACAUUUAACUGAAUCGAGCUGAAACAUCGAGUAGGUAUUCAUUACGUACCUAGGAAUUAAUAUGCGAAUUUUACUGCAGUUAUCAAUUAAUUAGGUAGGUAUUGGUAUUUGAAAAUACAGAACACGUGUGCUUCGAAAUUUAUCUGAAUUAUUUAAUUUGGAAUCUUUCAUAACAAAUCAGAGUGAUAGGCAGUGCGUUUAAUCAACGAUCUUUUUUUGAUUAAUGAGUAUGUAAAUGUGGCUAUCUAAGUAUAUUGAAACAAAUAAAACAGCGAAAAUGUUUUCCAACAACUUUUUGUUAUUGCUUAUAAUUUUUUUACAAAUAAUUAUAAAAUUAUUGGCUGAUACGACUUCGUAUUGGGAUUGGGAUACAAUAAAACCAGAAUAUUGGACUCCGGGAAUUCGAGAAGAUGAAAAUAUAACCGAAAGAUUGAUCGUAGCUGAUAUAAUUCCGAACAUUAUUCCAGUAGCGUUUAAAACAUUUUGUCAUAUAGCUUUUCCAAUAAGGUGGCAUACGGAAUGGUUAUAUAUUCAUCAUCAACUCAUCUAUGAUUUCGAAGAAGUUGAAAAAGAACCAGAAGUGAAAUGGCCCUGUAAUAAUGAUAAAUUGCACACUCUGAUUUUCACCAAUUUAGAUAAUAUGAACGGAACGCACACAUUUGUUCAUCAGUUUCACUGGUGGCUUGUAACAAACAUUGUCAACUGUAGUAUAUUCAAGAAAAAUGACGUAUUUGGAUACUUUCCACCAACAAAAGAUCCUGUAGAAGGUGUGUAUAGACAAUUACUUCUGAUUUACGAGCAUCAGGACCCUAUUGAUGUUGUGAUUGAUAAAGAAGCUUAUGUCAUGAACAAGACGGCUCCGCGUCAAAAUUUUACCAUACAAGAAUUCGCCAAUUUUAAUAAAUUUUCUGCUCCGGUGGCGGGCCAAUUUUUCAAACUUGGGAAGCCGUUCAAAUUGGGCUUGGAUACGCAAAUUGAUUUCGAUUGGUGAAGACUGAAGAUUGAAGAAUUUGCUUUGAUGCACCCCUAGGCCCUAACGUUGUAAGGUUGUAACGUUAUGUUAUGUUCGUUUUCUUUACUUCUUUCCUUUUCUGUUUACCGUUAUAAUUUUGUAUUUAUUCGAAUUUAAUAAUUUAAAAAAUAAAUUAUUUUUGAUAUGA